AUGGGAAGAUCUAAGCAACUGAAUGACGCAAGCAACCGCGUGGCUAGUCGAAAGAUUGGUUUCAAGCUACGCCUCGAGCUUCUUCUUCGAAAGGCAAUUGUCCGCCUCAUGCAGUUGCAAAACAUCAGGCCUGUUCCCGAAGCUAGUGCAGAGUACGCAACAUGCCGUCAACUUGCUGUCGUGACGCUCUGUCAGGCUAUCAAUCAACUGGAUCGAUAUUCCAAGUCGACAGCGAACCGUAUCGUGUCUGGUCUUACGCGAAUUGCAGCAGCCCGUCGUGAGGAUAUCCACCCAAUAGCGAAUGAACUAAUGGAGCCUCUGCUUCCUGCAAUGCUAGACGGAUCUCAAUGGGGCAAGUUCCUGCGUCUUCGUACUGAAGCUAUCGCCACUGUGCUCGUUGGUUGUGCUGAGAGUGAUGACUUCCGGGUGGAAAAUCAUCCGUGGAUCAGCGACUUCAUCAGUUUCCUCCUGGAUCCCGUGGUUUCGUCCGAGAAUGUGCAUUCGUUCCUGAUUCUCUUAUCUAUCAAGCAUGGCCGGAGCAUAAACCCAGGCAUAAAACUAAGCUGGGAAUAG